AUGCGCCUUUUCGCCAGGGCGGGACGGCCUCCCUUCCUAAUCUCACUCGAUCUCUCGUCCUGGACUCAGGCCGAGCCUCCUCCUCCUUCUCCUUCCUCGCCUCCCUCAGGGUCUUCCUCCCAAUCUCCGGCCUCUCCCCACCUCUCCCCAUCCUCGUCUUCUGCUGUUCCUCUGCUGGAGCCGACGUCGCCGCUUCCGUCAAGGACUUCCCUUGCUGCUCCCGCCUUCUCUGCCCCCCCUUCUUCCCCCAUUCUCUCCGCUUUCCCUGCUUAUCCAUCUUCCCCGUUCAUUUCCGCUUUCUCCGCCUCUUUCAUUCCUCCUUCCUCAUCCGUCGUUCCCGCUCUCCCUGCUUCCUCCAUCCCUCCUCAUUCCACGUCUUCCGUCUCCUCCGGCCGACUCUCCUCCCUGCCCUUGUCUCUCUCCCUCGAGCCUCCCCCCCAAGUGUCGCCGUCCUCCUCGGCUUCCUCCACACGCCCGCUCUCACACUCGCCCUCGUCUCCACCCUCACCCACGCCAGAAGACCAUGCUUUCCCCCCCACGCCCAUGCCCACGCCGGAAGACCUUGCAUCUCCUCUGGUAUCCACACCCCUCCCACAAGACCCAGAAUCUCCACCCACGCCCACGCCAGUUGCCCCUGCAUCUCCGCCCACACCCCCGCCGAGCCCCCCGCCCGUGCCCUCUGCGAAGGACGCCCUGGCCGUCCUGCGCUUCCCGUCCGCCGGGGGGUCCUCGGUCGCCUACGUACUUCGAGGUGAGUCUCGUAGUUCCAGCUUAAGGACAGUCGUCACAGACCUUCUCCUGUCCUUAUCGGCAUAUUUAAUCGACCGCCAAGAUUUAUGCCUCGGCGAAAAAGGCUCGAGCGAUCAGGCGGUGUUUUGCGGCGUCUCAGCCUCGUAUUUACACGAGACCUUUGAACUUUUACCUCUGAACUUUGGCAGGACCUUCAUACUCCAAAGUUUUAAUGGAUACUUUAGUUAUAACCACCCCGAGCCUGAAAUCAUAAAGAUCUGUACACAAGGGGCCCGUGAUAGGAGUGCUGUUGGUGAAAAUAACAUUUGGCUGCGAGAUAUAUCCACUGGAGAAUUAGAUCUCAGUAAUAAAGAAACAAAACAUGUAAUCAUUUCUGUUGCUGCCCUCGGCGUACAACACUCCGCCCACCGACGGGAGCUGCUUCAGGAGCUCCGUUUCAGCAGCAGCGGCGGCGGAAACAGCGGCGGAAGUAGCUACAGCAGCACAGCAGAUAAAGCCCGACCGUAA